CUCGUUUUCUCGUCCGCGCCGGUCGGCACUCCUGGUGUCCUCCAUUACCUUCUUCAUCUUUUCUCUCUAUGUCAGCUGAGAAAUGAACCGAAAACCCUAGACACCUUUUUCGUUUUUUUGUUGGGUUCUCUGCAAAUCUUACUCGAUGCCUUUCUUCUUCAAAAUUUUCGAAUUUACAUCUUCACAGCAUCCCUCAGCUAUCCCAAUAUCAGCCAGUUUGCAUCCACGCUGUCGAAGGCUCACCAUUGGGAUAGUGGAGAGCUGAGAGGUGAGAGUUUCUGAUUGGUCUUGGCGGGAAAAUGGCUGAAACAACAAGUGUCGUUUAUAUGCACGUCGUUGAAGACGUCAUCAACAAGGUCCGGAAUGAAUUUAUUGAGGGCGGCUCUGGAGAGAAUGUUCUCAGUGAGCUUCAAGCGCUAUGGGAAAUGAAAAUGAUGCAAUGCGGUGUUAUAACGGGUCCAGUUGAGAGGUCAUCCGGACAAAAGCAGGCCACUGGUGGUCCAAUCACCCCUGUUCACGAUCUAAAUGUUCCUUAUGAGGGCACGGAGGAGUACGAAACCCCUACUGCGGAUAUGCUCUUCCCACCAACACCUUUACAGACUGCCACACCUCUACUCACUCCCAUUCAGACUCCCUUACCAGGAACGGUGGACAGCCCGAUGUUUCAACUUCCUUCCGGAUCAAACGACUUUCCUACUGUGCACGAUGCUGGAGGUGGCACUGAGGUGAAACCUGAAAGACCUAAUCCUUACAUGCAAGCAACUUCUCCUUGGAUGAAUCAAAGACCUCUAGGUGUUGAUGUUAAUGUUGCUUAUGUGGAGGGACGGGAUGAGGUGGACAGAGGAGCUUCUCAUCAACCUACAAUGCAGGAUUUUUUUGUAUCUUCUGGAAAGCGGAAAAGAGAGGAUUUUGCACCACAUUUUCGUCCAGGCGGAUACAUACCACAGCAAGAUGGAGCUGGAGAUGUGGCAUUGGGGUACUUUGAUACAGAGGUGAGCCGAGUGGGAAAUUCACCAGAUAGAUGCCGUGGAGUUACCAGAAAUGAUGAGACACUACUGGCUCAAGUUGUGAGGGCUUCUUCAAGGAUACCUCAACAGGAUGGGCCCAUUCCUGAUGCUUAUGAUGAGAUAGUUUCCACACCAAAUUUGUAUCCUUACCAAGGAGUUGCAAGUGAGGACUACAAUGCAGUGAAUACACCAGCUGGCCAUGAUCUACAAGCAGGCACACCCGCUGUUGGCACACAAAAUGAAGUUGUGGAGGGUGAUGAUGAUGAUGAUGAACCCUUGAAUGAAAAUGAUGAUGAUGAUGUAGAUGAUGUGGAUGAAGAAGAGGAGCCGAAUACACAUCAUCUGGUUUUGGCACAGUUUGAUAAGGUGACACGGACAAAAAGCAGAUGGAAAUGCACACUCAAGGAUGGCAUUAUGCACAUCAAUAACAAGGACGUUCUCUUCACUAAGGCGACUGGGGAAUUCGACUUUUGAUAUUGUUGGCCAAAGUAAGAGGAACCAGUGCACUUGCACCAAUAGGGGUUGGAUUACUGCUGAAAGAGUAAAUUUAGAGAGGGAUAUCUAUUCACAUCUGUUUGGUUGAUGCUGUUAAUUUACCGAGGGUAGAGAUGGCUUGAGGUAAGGAUUUGGCACCUGUAAGAGAUGUUCGGGUUGGAUAGAUGGAUGUACAUAUAGGUAGAGCCUUUUUUUCCAACAUAUAUAUGAGAACUGCUCUUGGCUUUAUUAUUAGUUUAUCACUUCUGUGAAAUGUGUAAUCCAUCGGCUUUGUAUAUUCGGACUAUUGGGUUAAAUUAUGACAAAAAGUAUUGUUUGUUGUUGAGUA